CUCGUUCGCAACAGCCACGGAUGACGCCCAUCAUCCACUCUCUUCUUCAUCCACCAGAUUAGGGUUUGUGUCUCGAGGCUUGAAGGGCUGGCCAAUCCACUGACGGAAAUCUCUUUCUUUCUCCAACGCCGGAGUUGAGCUGCGUUGCCGUAGCAGCCCAGGUUGUCUGUUUCCGAUCCCCCGUUAGAAGCCAUGGCUCCCAAGUCAUUGAAAGCUUCCAAGAGCAAGGAGCUGGUGAGGGGCAUCAACCGCAGCGGCAGGUCCAAGACCUACCACAAGCGCGGCUUGUGGGCUAUCAAGGCCAAGAAUGGUGGGAAGUUCCCUACGCACGAGAAGGCUGCGGUAGCCGCGGCUCCCGCUGUCCGUGCGCCGAAGUUCUAUCCCGCUGAUGAUGUUGCCAAGCCCCUGCACAAGAACAAGGUCGUCAACGCUCCCAAGCUGAGGUCAAGCAUCACUCCAGGGACAGUUUUGAUCUUGUUGGCUGGAAACUUCAAGGGAAAGCGUGUUGUGUUCUUGAAGCAGUUGGAAUCUGGACUGCUGUUGGUUACCGGACCAUUCAAGGUGAAUGGAGUUCCAUUGAGGAGGGUGAACCAGGCGUACGUGAUUGCGACGUCCACUAAGGUGGACAUCUCGUCCGUGGACGUUGCAAAGUACUCCGACGCGUACUUCAAGAGGGAAGUCGCGAAGAAGAAGAAGGGAGAGGCAGAGUUUUUCGAAGCAGAGAAGGACAAGGAGGAGAAGAGUUUGCCAGAGGAGAAGAAGGAGGACCAGAAGGCAAUCGACGCGAAGCUGAUCCCUCUGAUCGAGGCAGUACCGGAGCUGAAGAGUUACUUGGGUGCGAGGUUUAGUUUGAAGUCAGGCGUGAAGCCACACGAGCUUGUGUUUUAAAAGAAGCAGGGAAUGCGAUAUGAGUAAAGUGGUGGAGAUUUGAUGUCUGGAAA